UAUGUGACUGAGUGCCCAACCUGUUCAGGAAGGAAUUGAUCAACACUGUUUUGCACUUAUCUGUCAUGCGUCAUUUGUCGCAGCAGCAUGGCUCAAACUCUCUGCUUCAUUACUUUCCUGUUGUUGCCUCUGCUUUUUUCAAGAGCAAAUGCUCUCUAUGGAGCAUUAUUUAUCCGGUGCCAGUUCACUUCCCCUGGUGACUAUGACAGCGUUUGCCUGGAGCAGUACUACUUCAGUCAGAUGUUGAUAGGCCAAUACAACAGCACUUUAGGAAAAGUCAUCAAUUACAGAGAAGAAACACAGAAAAUUGUGGACGACUUGAACAACAACCCAGGAUUUUUGUCCCACCAGGCAUGGAUAGCAGGAGUGUGCAGAAUAAAAUCUAAAGUUGUGCAUAACAGUCUUCAAAAGCCAGUCGAGCCUUACAUCAGGCUGACUUCAGUAAAAGACCCAGAGAGUGAACAUCCAGCCAUGUUAAGGUGCAGCGUCUACAACUUUUAUCCCAAACAAAUCAGAGUGACAUGGCUGAGGAACGAGAAAGAAGUGACGUCUGAUGUCACAUCCACUGAGGAGUUGUCCAACGGGAACUGGCUUUACCAGAUACACUCCUAUCUGGAGUACACACCCACAUUUGGAGAGAAAAUCACCUGUAUGGUGGAGCACGCCAGCUUCAUGGAGCCCAAAUGUUAUGAUUGGGACCCUAUGACCGAGUCAGAGAAGAAUAAGAUCGCUGUUGGGACGGCUGGGCUGCUCCUGGGUCUGAUGUUUUCAGUUGUCGGGCUCAUUUACUACAAGAAGAGUCCUAUUGGGCGUGUGUUGGUGCCGACCACUUAAGGAAGACGUUUACGCUGAGUGGACACUUGACGACAGAAACACACAAUAUGAUUCACAGAAUGAUAUCCUGAUGCAUAUUUUUCUAACUGUUGGAAGGAGAAAUUCAUGUGGUUUGCAGGAAAAGGACUAAUGUAUUAUA